CCCAAUUUUAUUUGUUAUUAUUCAGCUCUUUAAAAUAUACAACAUUGUGAUUUAAUUAAAAAAGGCUGCUUUUGCGCACAUUUCUGUUUUGUUCUGUUUAUAUUUGUGAUAAUUGACAAUGUCGGAAUCUUGGGAUGAUCUGCGUAAAAAAUCUAGGAACUUGGAAAAUGCCAUUGACUUAAAGCUAGUCUCCCUUAGUAAAAUAUGCUCUGGGAAUGUAACAGGAGGAGAAUCGAGUCCAUUAAUAUCAAGCGAAUUUACAUACGAUACAAUUAGUGUCGAAAUUAACGAUAUGUUGGCAAAACUAAGUGAAUUGAAUGACAAAAUGACACAAAUUAAGGCAACUGGAAAUGCUAUGAUGCAUACACAAUCAAGACAUCGAGAUAUUCUUAAUGCUUAUCGAACAGAAUUUAAUAAAAUCACACAAAACCACAACAUAAAUUUGGAACGAGAAGAGCUUUUGAGAGGCAGUGGACUUUUAACGAGCAAUUCGUCAACGAACUCACUCAGCCGUCGUGAUAUGUAUUUAAAAGAAAGUCAACAUAUAUCAAAUUCCCAUAAUAUGGUAAAUGAUCAGAUAUCCAUUGCAAUUGAGACUCAAAAAUCAUUAAAAUCACAACGCAAGGCUUUUAAAAAGAUCCAAAAUCGAUUCAAUAAUUUGGCAAACGCUUUUCCGAGAAUAAACUCUUUAGUUCAAAGAAUUAAUAUCAAAAAACGUCGUGAUUCCUUAAUCUUAGGACUUGUUAUAGCUGUUUGUACACUUCUUAUGUUACUUUACGCAUUUCAUUGACUGAAAUAUGAACAUAGAGGCAUCACACUUUUAAUUAUCAAAUAAUUAUCUAACCUUUUAUCAUUUAUCUUCCUUCCGAAAGAAUCAUAAUUUAUGUAAAACAAUUUAUAAUAACACGA